AUGGUUAUAAUACAGUAUUGGGUUCGAAAAGAAACUCAAAGAGGAGCUCCUGCCAUAUUAUUUCAAGAAAAUCUUUUUGGUCACAAACGUACGAAUAAAAAUGGAAGUGAAAGAUGGGUUUGUACGGUUAAUGAUUGUUCUUGUUCAAUUGUUUUAAAAAAUGACAAAAUAAUGUGUUUAAAGGGUAUCCAUGCACAUAAAAACACACAAUUUUCGGCGCAUGUUGAUCGAGUUAUAUCUGAUGUUAAGCCUAAAGCUGUUGAAGAUCCCAAAAUACCGAUUCAACAAAUUUGUGAUGAUGAAGUUAUAAAAUUUAUUUGUGAGCACUUACUUUCUCCAGGAUCAUGUGAACAUUGGAGCGCCGAUAGAACAUUUCGGACUGCUCCCAAAAUGUUUGGUCAAUCGUAUAGUAUCCAUGCUUGGAAUGACUUGAGCAUGAAACCACUAGCUUUUGCCGCAAUGCCAAAUAAAUUUGUUCCAAGAUCAGUUCUCAUUGAUUUUGAACAAGACGAACUUGAUGCAUUUGAAGCUGUCUUCCCAGGUAUUGAUGUUAAAUUAUAUCAUUUCCAUUUUGGACAAAAUAUCUGGAAACGAAUUCAGAAGUAUGGAUUGGUAAACGUAUAUAAAGUCAAACAGAUACGUCAACAGUUAGCCAAUAUUCUGAGUUUACCAUUGAUGCCACCGGAUGAUGUGAUUGGAUUAUUUGUAGAUAUAAUUGAAGAACUUAGUAAUUUAGAUAAUAAGUUUUAA